AUUUACCGCUAGCAAUUCUCUUUCUCCAUUAAAGAACACAAAAAGGCUCUCCCCUUUAAGUUCAAAAAGGCUGAUUACCAGAGAAAAUCAGAACAGAAAGGCUGAAACAAGUGUGUUUGGUUAGAGGGAAAGUGAAGGGGGAAAAAAGCGGGAAAGGUUUGUUUUUCAUCAAUGGGUUGUUCUGCUUCAAGACCCAACACUAAUAUCAUCACCAGAACCCAUAACUGCAACGAAGAUCCGCAUUAUUUUUCUUCUGUGGAUUCAUCCAUGGUUUCUUCACUUCAUUCUCCUUCUUCUUCUCCACCGCCGGCGGCGGCGGUGGUUGUUUCUCGAGCUCUCUCGCUCCCGACGCCGUUAGUCCACCACCCGCCACUGAGAAAAGGCGACAGCCACCACCUCGUUUCGUUGACUUCCACAACUUACGGCUCUCUUUCAUUCAUCGACAUCCAAAGGCCAGAAAUUAACACCGCCCAAGGCGACGACUCGCCGGUUCAUGUGGACCAAGUCGAGUCAUUGUCACCGGACUCAGUCAUCAACACGUGGGAACUCAUGGAUGGGCUCGACGAUUGCGGCGAUUUCGAUCUGGGUAAGCCUAAAUCUCUGUUUAAUACUCGUACAAAGGUGAUUCCAUCAUUAACAAAGCCAUUAUGGAAGCAUUUAUCUGAAGACUCAUUGCUUUCAAAGCUUCCUAAUGUGGUUUCAAGCUACAGAAGAGCUUUAUCUUCAAGGCAAUUAGUAAACGAAUCCAAAACCCCAAUCUCCAUGUGUUCUUCAAGCCCUUCAUGUACUUCUUCACUCUCUGAUAGCUGGGUCAAAGUGCCAACCACUGAGUCCAAAAUCGUGUUGUACUUCACUAGCUUAAGAGGAAUACGAAAAACAUACGAGGAUUGUUGUUGUGUUAAGACGAUAUUCAGAGGCUUUAGAGUCGCAGUCGAUGAGAGGGACAUUUCAAUGGAUUCCAUGUACAGAAACGAGUUGCAGUCACUGCUGGGAGGGAAAACCAUUUGCCUGCCUCAAGUGUUCAUCAGGGGGAAACACAUUGGUGGGGUUGAAGAGAUUAAACAGCUCAAUGAAAAUGGUGAAUUAUCAAGGCUUCUUGAAGGGUUUCCGGUUCGAGAUCCCGGGGUCGUUUGCGAAGGCUGCGGCGAUGCGAGGUUCGUGCCGUGCCCCAACUGCAAUGGAAGCAGGAAAGUGUUUGAAGAAGAUGUUGAUAGAUUGAGAAGGUGCCCUGAUUGCAAUGAAAAUGGGUUGAUAAGGUGCCCUGCUUGUUGCUCUUCAUAAACAUAGGCAAUGCUGGAUUUCGGGAUGCAUGAUUCUUUCCGCUUAAUCCGCGGAUGGAGGUAUAUGUUGCUCCGACUCAAUUAUAUUAUAUAUGUCCGAAAAUGUAUUCCGACAUAAGAGUCGGAGCAAUGAUUAUUUGUAGCUGUACAGUUUUGUUUGAUGUUAGUUCCUUAAUUUCU